UGUUGAUACAUUGCCGUGGCAUCUCUCGUAUAUCAAUUUGGAUACGCAGCGGUCCAGGUUCCUUGCAGCGUCGCAGCCAAACACCCCAGCACCGAAUACGAGGUUUUCUCCACUCGGCGAAGAAUCCUCAUUUGGGAGACUAAGGAAUCAAAACAAAACCGAGAAAAUCGAUCGAAUAUAAAAACGAUGUACGGCGCAGAUGCUUGAUAAGAAAGCUUCUUAGCAGUUGGUUUUGGAGGACCAGGAGCACUGUUCAGCUUGUCACGAUGAGGGUUACCGAGAUUCUCCUAGCCGUAGCUAGUCUAACCGCGACGGCGACUGCCCACGUCCUAAAGCCUAUACACGACGGGCAGGCUUCGGUUUUGGAGAUUACCCUGACUCCUUCGCCGACGGGCGAGGCUGCCGAGUUGAUCGCCACCAUCAAAAACGUCGGCUCCGAGGACCUUAAUCUGCUACGAGUUGGUACUCUUCUCGACGAAGUAUUGCCGGUCGAAAAAGUAUCCGUCGUAGACGAGUCAGGCGCCGAGGCUCCUUUCAGGGGGAUCCACGCGAGCAUUCGGUACGAUGCUCUUACGGCGAAGAACUUUCGCCUGCUGAGAGCGUCCGAGUCCCUCGACACGGUUAUCAAAGCUGCUACCGUACACAAGUUCGAAAAAUCCGGAACUUAUACGUUCAGGGCCACGGGGUUGAUGCCGGUGGCGGCGGCCGGAUCUACCGAGCUGUCCGGCCCGGCGAUAUUGAUCCGUUCUAACAGCAUAAGUCUCCACGUCGAUGCUCAAAGUGCCGCGGCCGUCCCUAAGCUUCUGAGCUUGAACCCUCUCGAAGCGCGGACGAACGUACAAGACGGCUGCAACGCCACGCAGCUAGCCGCCAGCACCGCAGCCCUCGCCAACUGCAGAACCCUAGCUCUGGCGGCCGCGGCCGACGCCGCAGACCCGUCGUCCUCUCGGUUUGUCGAGUAUUUCAAGACCAACUCGUCGACCACGCGGCAGACCGUCGUCGACAGGCUGACGGCGGCGGCAAAAGAGUGUUCGACGACCGAUUCGGGACCGUCGCGGUAUUUUUGCUACGACUACUACGGCGUGUGCGAGACGGACGGGCCUCUGAACGCGUACACCAAGUGGGAUUUUGAUUACGUCGUUAUGUGCCCGCUGUUCUACGACACGCUUCCUCCGCUGCCCCGAGGCUGCCAUCGCCAGUGCCAGGCCACGACCACGAUACACGAGAUGACGCACUGCGAAGACGUAUAUAGCCCGCACACCAACGAUUACGUAUACGGGUAUAACGAGAGCAUGACGUUAUCGCCUGAAUAUGCGCUGCUCAACGCAGACACUUACUCGCUUUAUUCCAACGCUGUAUAUAUGAAGUGUUAAACCGGCUGUUUUGGUUAUUCGCAACUUUUGCGAGGUAAAUAUUAUUUCAAGUAGCAUUAAAUUAGUUUGGUUUAAGAAAGACCCUGCAACUCUACGGUUCCGAUG